AUGACAGGAAGGCACAACGAAGUGGUAGAGCGCAUUAAGAAGGCGGCGUUCGGCAGGUUCUCCAUCAUGACCGAAAACCAACCUGUGGGAAACACCAACCUCCGACCAGACCUCGUGCUACAGAAAGGAGAGGAGGCCAUCAUAUUUGACGUGUGCUGUCCUUUCGAAAACCGUGCGGCAGCGCUACAACGAGCCCACGAAGAAAAGGAACAGAAGUACCAGCCCGUUAAAGAGAUAUGGCAGCGCCGAUUCCAGCGUGUGUCAGUCGAGGCUGUAGUUGUUGGAGCUCUUGGAUCAUGGGAUCCUUCCAAUGACCGGUUGCUGCGGAGACUCUGCUCUAAAUCGUACGGUAAAAAACUGAAGCAACUCUGUGUAAGCAGCGUUAUCGCAGCUUCUCGCGACAUAUAUGCGGUGCACAUCAGUGGAAACAGGACUACCAAUCAAACAGGAGCGACUAGUCGGUGA